UUGUGAAUGCACUUGUGCUGUGCACGUGUGCUUCUGUCUUCUCUCGUAAUAUCCAGCAAUAUAAAAUACAAAUAAUUGUUUCUGGUGAUUUUGGAGCAUCGUAGGUUCACAAAAAUUACCCUAAAUGAUCAUUUGAAAUUGUAAAAAAUGGUUCGACACAACAAUCAACUGCCGGACAAUCUUCCACAGCUGCAGAAUCUCAUAAAACGUGAUCCUGAAUCCUACAAAGAAGAGUUCUCCCAGCAGUACAAUCACUACAAAUCGACAUUGGAAGUAUUUCGCCUGACCCCCGACAAGUUCAACAAGAGUCUCGAUGAACUCCUCAUGUUCAUAGCCCAGGUCGCCCACUGCUACUCGGACGAACUGGUAACAUAUCCUCAAGAGAUUGUAGAUAUCCUGAAGACGCACAAUACUGUUCUUGACAAUGACAUGCGAAUGACAUUCUGCAAGACUCUCAUCCUCCUCCGGAACAAAGGCCUCCUGGAGCCGACAGUCCUCCUGAGCCUCUUCUUCGAGCUCCUAAAAUGCCAAGACAAAGCCCUCCGCCAGUUCCUCCAAACCCACAUAAUAACCGACAUAAAAAGCAUCAACUCAAAGCAGAAAAACACUAAAGUAAACACAAGCCUCCAAAACUUCAUGUUCACAAUGCUGAAAGACACGAACGCCCGAGCAGCCAAGAUGUCCGCCGACAUAAUGAUCGAGCUCUACAACAAGAACGUCUGGAACGACUCGAAGACCGUGAACGUCCUGGCAACCGGUUGUUUCUCCAAGAUCACGAAGGUCAUGGUGGCGUGUCUCAAGUUCUUCCUGGGUACUGACCCAGAAGACGGCAAGAACUCCGACGACAGUGACUCCGAGGACGACACCCCCAACGUCAAAGACGUCAUGAUGGCGAAUAAAGUCAACAAGAAGACGAAGAAACGAGAGAAGCAGCUGAAGAAGGUGAAACAGCUAUUCGUAAAAUCGAAGAAGAACAAAUCGAAGGCCCCGCAGUUUAACUUUUCAGCCCUCCACCUGGUGCACGACCCUCAGGGCCUCGCGGAGAGGCUCUUCAAGCAGUUGGACAAGAACAACGACAGAUUCGAGAUUAAACUCAUGACUCUAGACGUAAUCUCCCGACUGAUAGGUCUUCACAAUCUGUUUCUCCUGAAUUUUUACCCAUACCUUCAGAGGUUUCUUCAGCCCCAUCAGAGGGAGGUGACGAAACUCCUGCAAUUUGCCGCCCAAUCGUCGCACGAGCUGGUGCCUCCUGACGUUCUGGAACCUCUCCUGAAGACUCUUGUGAACAAUUUCGUGACCGAGAGGAAUUCGGCGGACGUUAUGGCCAUUGGACUGAACGCAGUGCGAGAAAUCUGCGUGCGGUGUCCGCUGGUUAUGAAUGAGGACCUCCUCAGGGAUCUGGCGCAGUACAAGAACUACAGGGAGAGGAGUGUCAUGAUGGCGGCUAGGUCUCUUAUAUCGUUGUUCAGGCAGACGAUGCCGGAGUUGUUGCAUAGGAAGGAUAGGGGAAGGCCGACUGAGGCCACUGUUGCUAUUGAGAGUCUUAAGUACGGGGAGGUGGCUGCUAAGGAUUACAUUCCUGGGGCUGAUGUGCUUUUGGAUGAGGGCAUGGGGGGUGGCAGUGAGAGCGACAGUGAUGACGAUGAUGAUGACGAUGAGGAUGGAAAAUGGAUCGACGUUAAUCAUUCUGGUGAGGAGGGAGAGGAUAAUGAAGAUGAUGAAGAUGAUGAAGACGAGGAAGACGUGAGUGGAGAUGAAAACGAGGAGAGCGGAAGUGGUGAUGAUGAUGAAGAUGAUGAUAAUGAUGAUGAAAAGGAUGAUGAGGAAGACGGGGAUGACAAAAAAGGGGAGAAACCCGCAGGCAAGGCAGUGCGAAGGCUGCUGAAAGCCAAAAAGCGAACGAAAUUAGACAGGAAGAGGGAGAAAGUGGAGAGACUAGCUAGGGUGAAGAAGACGAAGAAGGUGGAGUUAACAGCUGAGCGGAAGGCGAAAGCUGCGCAGAUAUCGGUGGAUCGACUACUGACUGACGAGGACUUCAAGAGGAUUGACACUGCUCUGGUGAAGCAGCAGGUGACGCAUGCCAAGAGAGGUGUGAAGAGACCGCCUCAGGAGGAGACGCGCGGGGAGCUCGUUAAACUCGGAGACAUUGAGAAUAUUUUUAAGAAGAGGAAGCACGACAAGAAUGCGCGGGUCGAGUCUGUGAAGAAGGGGAGGGAUGAUCGUGAGAAGUUUGGGUACAAGGAUGGUCGGCAGAAUCCUCUCUGCAGUAAGACCAAUCGGGAGAAGAAGAAGACGAAAGCCUUUCAGAUGAUCAAGCACAAGAUCAAGUCUAAAACGAAGAGGUCUUUUAAGGAUAAACAGAUUGCUUUGAGGAAUCAUUUGAUUAAGCAGAAACGAAUGAAGUGAUUUUUGUUGGAGUAUUUUUGAAUAAAUUUAUUUUCAUUGGAUUUUACUGGUUUCAGAAAAUCGUUAGAAAUAAUGUAACUCAAAUUCUUGAUUUGAAAAAACGUAUCUUUAUCUUUGUCUCCAGGAAUCAAGUUCCUCGAUUUCAGAAUCCACGUAUCUCGGUGAGAAUUAAAAACGAAGUCACCUAAACUAUUUUUUUAAACUAGUUUUAAUCAGUUUUGCGAGUUACUUUUUUUCAGAGUUUUGCGGAUUUUG